AUGCCCCACGCCGAUUCUUCGUUUUUCGCUGCCGGUGCGUCCAAGGAGGAGGUGUACGUUCAGGUAAUUGACCAAGCGACGGGAUUAGUGACUGGGCAACGGAAUUGGGUUAGCAACCUCGCAAAUGUAGCCUCCCUACUAUGGCACGCCUACGCCUCCCUCCCCAAACCCUCCUCAGCCGUCAACUGGGCUGGCUUCUACGUCCGCGAUGACCUUUUCCCUCUGCUCGCGUCCCCCAAGCGCUCAAACAGUAUCUCCGGCUUAACCACAACCACAAUCUCCACGAGCUACGCCUCGUCUCACGACAAGAAGUUACUUCUAGGUCCGUUCCAGGGUAAACCGGCCUGUCAGGAGAUUCGGUUCGGACGCGGAGUGUGUGGAACGGCGGCGCAGAAAAGGGAGACGGUUGUGGUGCCGGAUGUGUUGGAGUUUCCGGGACAUAUUGCCUGCGACGCGGAUAGUCGGAGUGAGAUUGUGGUUCCUAUCAUGUUUGAUGGAGAGACCGUUGCCAUUAUCGAUAUCGAUUGCACCGAGCCCGCAGGCUUCGACGAUGUGGAUAAGAAAUAUCUGGAGAAGCUAGCUCAGCUGUUGGCAGAGAGCUGCGAUUGUCCUCUCUCUACUUCCACAAUCUCAUCUACAUGGUCAGCGGUUCUUCCAGAUCCACCUGUGCCACCAUGGAGCACUACCAACCAGCAGAGAUACGCUAUAGAAGCAACCGACCAGCAGCUUAACAAGCAGCAACAAGAGUCUUCGUUUUUUGAUUUUUCCUUGUUUGAGCGUGAUUCCCAAAACAGUUUUUCGUCUUCAUCAUCUUCGUCUACUUCUUCUCCGCAUUCCAUUCCCUUGUCGGAUCAUAAUACAUCACCAUCAUUAUGGUCGGCUUCUCAUCAAGUGGCCUGUGCUGCACCGGAUUUAUCACUAGAUCAGUUUACUGGGGUUUUGGAUCCGGACUUUUUCGCAAACCCGACCUCUGUUGUUGAGCAGCAGGGUGAAUUAUUCUUUGAUUUCCCGCUUGACUUUGGCAGUGGCCAGGGUCAGGCUUUUAGUAUUACUACCGCCACCACGACUAGUCCGGAGUUGCCUACCAGCAAGCCGACCACUAGUGCACCUCAUAUUACUAUUGUCGAAGACUUAUCAUCUACCUGUUCCCCCGCGAACAUGUCUGAUGGAGGAAGCGUUCUCGCUCCCUCGGUCGACAUCGGCAAUAUGAAUAUGGACCACUUUUACUCUACCCCGACUACUUCAGUCGGUUCUACGACCAUGUCAUCUAUACCUUCAAGAGACUUCCACCCUCUUGUAACACAAUUCCAUCAACAACAUCAACAACCUCUUCUCGCUCCCAAACAAUACACUCCUCCAUCUUCUUCCGUCUCGCCCACACUCAGUCACAUUCAUUCUAUCGACCUGGACAAUACCAACAGCAAGAGCACGAAAAAACGGUCUCGCGCUGAAUCAACGGGCCUCAAUCUAUCAAGUAACAACAGCGCCCAAGACUCCGAAGAAGAGCGCAUCGUCGAAAAACGUCGUCGCAACACCAUGGCUGCGCGACGCUUCCGGCAACGGAAACAAGACCAUGUCUCUGAUUUGCAGUCUCAGCUGAGCAAAGUUACAAAGGAAAGGGAUGAUUUGAAACUACAGGUUGCGAAGUGGGAAGGUGAAGUUAUGGCGCUGAGGAAGUUGUUGGAGAUGAAGAAGUAG